ACUGGUAUCAGAGCCCCAAGGUUCUUGUGAAAAAUGGCAAGUGGGAUGAUUCCUUUUCAAGUCCCCCAACUCAACAAGGAUAACUACGACAAUUGGAGUAUAAGGAUGAAAGAAUUGCUCGGGUCGCAAGAUGCAUGGGAGAUCGUAGAGAAAGGCUACACGGAGCCACAAGACGAGGUUGCUCUAUCUCAAGCACAAAGGGAUAGUUUGAAGGAUGCAAGGAAGAAGGACAAGAAGGCGCUCACCCUCAUCUAUCAAGCCUUAGAUGAAGGCAUGUUCGAGAAAGUAGCUUGUGCUACUACAAGUAAGGAAGCAUGGGAGAUCUUGCAAAACUCCCACAAAGGAGUUGAAAAGGUGAAAAAGGUUCGACUUCAAACACUUCGAGGUGAGUUUGAAGCU